AUGCAUAGGAUCGCAUCUAUCCCCGGCGAUGGUAUCGGGCCUGAAGUGGUGUCGGCCACCAUCGAGGUUGUCAACAAGCUCUCCUUGAAGCUGGGCUUCCAAAUCGAGUUCACCCAUAUCCCGUGGGGCACGAACUACUACAAAGCGCACGGCCAGUUCAUGUCCGACGACGGCUUAGAUGUCCUCCGCAAGUUUGACGCCUGUCUCUUCGGUGCCGUUGGUGAUCCAGACGUCCCUGACCAUGUUUCACUCUGGGGUCUUCUCUUGAAAAUCCGCAGCCCUCUCCAAUUAUACGCCAACGUCCGUCCCGUUCGCACGUUCCCCGGCACAAAAUCUCCUUUGAAUACAGCAAAGAAUGGCAUCGACUGGGUACUCGUCCGAGAGAACUCCGAGGGCGAAUACUGCGGUCAAGGAGGCCGCAGCCACAUCGGCCACCCGUGGGAAGCAGCCACAGAGGUCGCAGUGUUUACCCGCGUCGGUAUCGAGCGCAUCAUGCGGUUCGCAUUCGAGACAGCCCGAUUGCGACCCCGCAAGAAGCUCACAGUAGUGUCGAAGAGCAAUGCAAUGCGCCACGGUAUGGUUCUCUGGGACGAAGUGGCCGAAGAGGUCUCUCGGGACUUCCCCGACGUCAACUGGGAUAAAAUGCUCGUCGAUGCGAUUACCAUCCGUAUGGUCGCUGAGCCAGAUUCCCUGGAUACCAUCGUCGGAACGAAUUUGCACAUGGACAUUCUGUCAGAUUUGGCUGCCGGACUGGCCGGUUCGAUCGGUGUUGCUCCAUCGAGUAAUCUGGAUCCGACUCGGAAGAAUCCUUCGCUGUUUGAGCCGGUUCAUGGUAGUGCGUUUGAUAUCACGGGAAAGGGGGUGGCGAACCCGGUAGCCACAUUUUGGUCGGCGGCGGAAAUGCUCACAUGGCUUGGUGAGAAGGAAGCUGCGGACAAGCUGAUGGGAUGCGUUGAGCGUGUGUGCGCGGCGGGGAUUCUGACUGCGGAUUUGGGAGGAAAGGCCAAGACGCAGGAUGUGGUCGAUGCUGUAUGUGCUGAGAUUGAUCGUCUUCCAUAG